CGCCGCUCUGAAUGAAUCGCGUGUCUCACGCACAGCUCUAGUUAUUGGAAUGGUUCAGCUCCUGGAGGAUGAGAGUGAACGGUCGCGGUAGGCUACUUUGCAAACGAGCGCUGCCGGUAAACGGUCCGCUUGACUGAGGUAGUUUUUACCGGAAUCUCAGAGCGUCAGUACCACAGCUUUAUCUAGCCUACAUGUGGCGGCUUUCACAUCAACACAGCAUUUCUCUUUAAAAGGGUACGGGAGAUCAGGAACAAAAUACCUCAUUGGGAACAUGGGCCAAUCUGGGACUUCAUCCUAUUUUUCUCUCGCUCUAAUCAGCAUCUUCCUCUUAGUUUUCUUCUAUGAGCUCAUGCCGGCCUCUGCAGGCAGCUCCAAAUCAAGCUUAGAUGUAGAUACUUCUCCUAACGAAAACUCUUCACACGAGACAUGUGGUGGUAGUUUUGAGUGCAAAGAGGGUGUGAUCUUGCCAAUGUGGACGCCGGUGAACCCCUCCUUUGGGGAUAAGCUGGCCAGAGCCACUGUGUACUUUGUCGGUAUGGUCUACAUGUUCCUAGGGGUAUCCAUCAUUGCAGACCGCUUUAUGGCUUCCAUUGAGGUCAUCACAUCCCAGGAGAAAGAGAUCACCAUCAAGAAGCCUAACGGGGAAACCACAACCACUACUGUUCGUAUUUGGAACGAAACUGUCUCGAAUCUUACUCUCAUGGCUCUGGGUUCCUCAGCCCCAGAGAUUAUGCUCUCCGUGGUUGAAGUGUGUGGGCACAACUUUGACGCAGGCGAGCUGGGCCCAAACACCAUUGUUGGAAGUGCAGCUUUUAAUAUGUUUGUCAUCAUCGGUCUCUGUGUCUCUGUGAUACCAGAAGGAGAGCAUCGGAAGGUCAAGCACCUGCGGGUGUUCUUUGUCACCGCCACUUGGAGUAUAUUUGCAUAUACGUGGCUUUAUCUGAUCUUGGCAGUGAUUUCCCCAGGUAUCGUGGAAGUCUGGGAGGGACUCCUUACUCUCUUCUUCUUUCCGAUUUGUGUCGUAUUUGCUUGGGUUGCAGACCGCAGACUUUUAAUCUACAAGUAUGUGUACAAACGUUACAGAGUUGGAAAACAAAGGGGAAUGAUCAUUGAGACUGAAGGUGAGCCAGAGCACCAGUCAAAGGUAGAUAUUGAAAUGGACGGUGGGAUGCUUAACUCUCACGGCGAGGAAUUUGUAGAUGGCACGGUGGAUACUGAAGAUAAAGACAUGGAUGAGGAUGUGGCCAGAAGAGAAAUGGUCAGGAUUUUGAAGGAACUGAAACAGAAACAUCCAGAGAAAGAGAUGGAGCAGCUGGUAGAGCUCGCCAACUACCAUGUCCUCAGCCAGCAACAGAAGAGUCGUGCGUUCUAUCGCUGCCAGGCCACUAGACUUAUGACUGGUGCGGGUAACAUACUAAAAAAGCAUGCUGCAGACCAAGCCAGAAAAGCACUAGGCAACCAUGAACUUCGAUCAGAAGUCUCUGUUAAUGAUAUUUCCUCCAAGAUCUUCUUUGACCCCGGAACAUAUCAGUGUCUUGAGAACUGCGGGACUAUGGCUUUGAAUGUGGUACGACGCGGCGGUGACUUAACUAGCACUGUGUCGGUGGAGUACCGCACUGAGGACGGAACUGCCAACGCAGGCUCUGAUUACCAGUUCACCGAGGGUGUUAUAGUCUUCAAACCAGGUGAGACCGAAAAGGAGAUAAGAGUGGACAUCAUCGACGAUGACAUUUUUGAAGAAGACGAGCACUUCCUGGUUCAUCUUAGCAACGUCAAGGUCAUUUCUGAAGGAACUGACAAUGGGAACCCAGGGGCCAAUCAUGUGGACACAUUAGCUAGUCUUGGCCUUCCUUCAACAGCUAUUGUGACUAUCUUUGACGAUGACCAUGCUGGCAUCUUCACAUUUGAGGAACCAGUGGUUCAUGUCAGUGAAAGCAUUGGCAUGAUGGAGGUGAAGGUGGCACGUACCUCUGGAGCCCGUGGAGUAGUGGUAAUCCCUUAUAAAACCAUUGAAGGCACAGCAAAAGGUGGAGGAGAGGACUUUGAAGACACCCAUGGAGUCUUGGAGUUCCAGAAUGAUGAGAUUUCCAACACUAUUCAGAUCAAUAUAAUCGAUGACGAGGAGUAUGAAAAGAAUAAGAACUUCUUCCUGGAGAUUGGAGAGCCACAAUUGGUGGAAAUGAGUGAGAGAAAAGGCAGGGAUGUGUACCGGAAAGUGCAGGGUAGAGACAAACCAAUCCCCUCCACCAUUAUCAGCAUCACAGGUAUCCACUUCCUCUCCUGUUCAUCCAUUUCGCUUUCUUUUCCUUAAUUCAUUUUCCUUUCGUCAUUAUAAAUGUGUGAUCUCAUAUG